AUGUCAGUUCUCGAUCUCUCCCUUCGAUCCGAUGGAUUACUGACGGGACAAAGUACCAGCCAAAGCACAUUGGCAAGCUCCUGCAAACAUAGCUCACAGCUAUGCGGGUCAGCGAUACCGCAAUCAAGCACUCGAGCCUUCUCAACGACACCUCAUCUCCUCAAGAAGGGUGGCAAGCCAUCAAAGGAAGAGAAGCAACCGUCGUCUAGCUCCGCCCCUACCGAUGACCCCUUCGAUCUCACCAACCUCGAAUCCGACAUCGCUGCUACGAUCGAGAAGCUCAAGAAUGAUCUUUCAAAGCUUCGUGCCGGAGGACGCUUCAAUCCGGAAACUCUAGAGAACCUUCGAGUUCAGCCGGACAAGGCUUCGAAUCAGACGGUGAAGUUGAGUGAUGUGGCUCAGGUCAUACCGAAGGGCCGAACGGUGCAUGUCCUAGCAGGAGAGAAAGAUCAUGUAAAACCAAUCUCUACAGCGAUACAAUCUUCCAACCUCUCGCUCACGCCCCAACCCGAUCCCACGGGCCCCAACCCGCUCCUACUACUUCUCCAAAUCCCCCCACCCACCGCGGAAUCUCGGAAAGCUGUUGUUGCAGAAGCAGCGAAAGCAGGCGAGAAAGCAAGCACAGCCGUCCGGGAUGCAAGGGGCAAGCAGCAGAAGAAACUGCGUGCAAUGCAAGUUGGAAAGGCUGCGAGGCCGGAUGAUCUGAAAAAGGCGGGAACGCUCAUGGAGAAAGCGGUGGAGAAGGGCGCGGCGGAGGUCAAGAAAGUGGUUGAUAAUGCAAAGAAGGUUUUGGAAAGCGGCUGA